AUGGCCACUACAAGAGAACUGCUUGGCUGCGGGAUGCAGUCUUCACAAGUUGGCAUACUGCCACACGAGCUUCAAGAUCGGAUCGAAUCUUGUGUUCCUGUCCUGAAUCAUGUCGAUGAAGAUGAUGGAAAUUGGAACACGAAUCGAAAACUACCCACCAAAGUACCAUCGUUUCCCACGCCGUUAGGAGAUCCGACCAUUCCGCCAGCGACAGGUACACCUUUUCUCACAAAGCUUCCACCGGAGAUCAGACGCACCAUCUUCCUGGAAUAUCUGCUUCCGGACAAGUCAAAGAACAUUGUCCCAACGAAGUACGCGAGGAGCCAGGACUUUGCUGAGACGCACCGUUUGUACCUAGAGAGAAGUCGACGGCGGAUGAGAAACGAUGCGCAGCGCGCACACCAGGCCGUGCUUCAACGUCCUGGACAUUGGGCUUCACUCCUCGGGACACCUCUACCGCCUUUGCUUACAGGAAACGCCCCCAACCUUGGGCCAGCAGUGCCAAACGUUUCACUAAAUCCAGCCUUCGGCGUUGCUCCUCCACUCACUGCCAAUCCACUGAACGGAUGGACAGUAAGCCCACAGAAUGCUCAAUCAAUUCCUCCUACCCAUUCGGCGACUCUCCAUAACUCCCCUUCUCCGCCAGUCCCGAAUCCAGCUGCUCCAGUUUUCAACCCUCAUGCGACGACUUUAUCCACUACACAUCCUCAAACUCUGAAUCUGGCUGCCCUGCCGUCUAACCCAACUCCAGCCGGUCCUUUUACAGCCACCGCGGGAAUCGCAUAUCAGGGUAGUCCGUUCAAUGCUUCCAUUGCUGUCUCUAUCAACUCUCAACUACCACAGCAUCAUGCACCGGCUUUUCACAACUUUGUUGCAAUGCCGACGGGCCAGAUCAUCCACCAGGCAGCACACACUCCACCGAUAUCCGUUCCACAGGUCCGACGACAAAACCACCAAAACCUCGAUCUCACAGCCAGCAGUGGUGAGACGAAAAAGGAUGUUCAGAGUGCAAUCAUUGCCUCCAAAAAGAUGGAUUCACACGACGCAACACCUACGAACGCGAUUCUCACACUUCUGACCACUAAUGUCAAGCUGUGUCUUGAAGUUUCGACCAUCCUUUUCGAAGAGUACACUUUUGAAGUGCACAUACACCCCAACGGCGUGGAUCUGCUCCAUUUUGAUCGCAUCCCGACACUUGAAACCUGUGGCCAAGAGAUUGAGAACGCAAUGGCGGUAUUUGAAAGCAAGGGCCAUUUCUGCUUCAAUCGUAUGAAGCACGUUGAAUUCGUCUUCUUCGCCGGCCGCCCCGAUGACCGACUAGCAGGCCUCCGUAUGCGUGAGUCUUUGCGCAGACUCAUCCAUCUCUUGAAAAAGGAUAAAGACGAAAACGAGAAAAACCGUGUCACGAGCAUCAAAGUUCGAUUUGACUACGAGCAGGCCCGUGAAUGGGAGAAGUUCAGCUUAGCGAACUCCAUCACCGAUAGGACUGGUAAUUUCUGGCUUGCGGUAGCGAAGAAAGCCGACGCUGCGUCCAGCUUGACUGAACUUUCAACCAUGUAUGAGCCUCGCGAAAGCAUUAUGCACAAGGUCUACAACGUUCAGCUCGUCUCUGCACCUCUGAAGGCACUUCGACAUGUCCACAACGUCGAGAUUGAGUUUCCGCCAGAGAUUAGCCACAACCCAGAACUAAUCGCAUACGCCUUGGAAGUUAAAGCUCUUGCUCAGAGCCGAGACUUCACCAAAGAGGCUCAAGAGGAGCUUAUGCGUGAAGAGAUGAUCAUGGAUGCUCGGAGGGACAAGGAGCUUGCGAACGCCGGGGCCGGAGGAUACUACAAACCAGUUCAACCUGAGUUUGGUGAUCAAUUUGUGACAGACGACAGUACGGAGGCUUCGCCUUUGAUGAUGAAAGAGGACGAGAUUGAGGAGCCUGGCCUGGUGCAGCCGUUCGGUCCUUCUGGCAACACAUUGCUGCCUGCCAAUCAUGGUGAAGUCUGUGAUGUAGUGAUUGAUGAGAUUGAAGUUGGAGAGCCUGCUUUAGGCCAUGCAUUUGACUCAGACGCAAAGGACGGGAAAGGAUGUCAAGAUCCAGCUCGGAUUCUUGCGCGACGACGUCAUCAAUGA